AUGACGCAAGAAAUCACAAUCACUGGUUUUGAAACCCGCGAUGUGCGGUUUCCCACAUCCUUGGAUAAGACUGGAUCGGAUGCUAUGAACGCCGCUGGCGAUUACUCUUCAGCAUACUGUAUCCUGCAAACCGACUCAGAAUACUCCGGCCAUGGCAUGACCUUCACAAUAGGACGCGGCAAUGACAUUGUCUGCGCAGCCAUCGUACACGUCGCCGAGCGUCUCAAGGGCAAGACUCUGUCCUCUCUCGUCGCCAACUGGGGCAAAACAUGGCGCUACCUCGUAUCAGACAGCCAACUGCGUUGGAUUGGCCCGGAAAAGGGCGUCAUUCAUCUCGCGCUUGGUGCUGUUGUCAAUGCAGUCUGGGACCUUUGGGGCAAAGUCCUCGGCAAGCCUGUAUGGAGAAUCGUUGCUGACAUGACGCCUGAGCAAUAUGUCGAGUGCAUCGAUUUCCGCUAUAUCACCGAUGCCAUAACCCCCGAGGAAGCACUUGCCAUGCUCAAGGAAUCAGAAGGCGGAAAGGCCAAACGCAUCGAGGAGGCACUCAACAGCAAAGCUGUACCUGCGUACACAACCAGCGCUGGCUGGCUGGGCUACGGCGAGGACAAAAUGAAGGCCCUCCUGAGGGAGACACUGGCGCAAGGCUACAAACACUUCAAGCUCAAGGUCGGUGGAAGCGUGGAGGAAGAUAAGCGUCGAUUAACCAUUGCCCGAGACGUCCUUGGCUAUGACAAGGGCAACAUUCUCAUGGUCGAUGCCAACCAGAUCUGGUCUGUCCCCGAUGCCAUUGAGCAUAUGAAACAGCUCGCCGACUUCAAGCCGUGGUUCAUCGAGGAACCCACAUCGCCCGACGACAUCAUGGGUCACAAGGCUGUGCGCGAGGCUCUGGAGCCAUAUGGUAUUGGCGUGGCCACGGGCGAAAUGGUGCAAAAUCGAGUAAUCUUCAAGCAGAUGCUCAUGAACGGCGCUAUUGACGUCUGUCAGAUCGACGCGUGCCGUCUCGGUGGCGUCAACGAAGUCAUGGCCGUGCUUCUCAUGGCCAAGAAGUAUGGCGUGCCAAUCGUUCCUCACUCCGGCGGCGUUGGCCUUCCCGAAUACACACAGCACCUGAGCACGAUUGAUUACGUGGUUGUGAGUGGAAAGUUGUCUGUGUUGGAGUAUGUCGACCAUUUGCAUGAGCACUUUUUGCAUCCUUCCGUGAUUAAGGACGGGUAUUAUCAGACACCUACGGAGCCUGGUUAUAGCGUCGAAAUGAAGAGAGAUAGUAUGGAUAAGUUUACGUAUCCUGGAGAGAAGGGUGUUAGUUGGUGGACGAGUGAGGAGGCAAGGCCGAUUUUGGAGGGAGAGAAAAUAUAA